CAGAAACCACAUGUUUCGGACCACCCUGCAUUCUAUUCGCUACGGCUUCGCUGAACCCACAAAGACAAAACUCAAACUUUUCCGCCACUUGAAACGACGGCGUCGAUUGGACGAAGCCUUCUUAGCUUGCACUUUACGCCACCAGGUGCCCGUGAAAGGAUAUACAACAAAAAAAUCGGCUGCUUCAUGUCGUUCGUGCGAUUGUAAUACUUCGAUCUGAAUCAUUCCGAAUGAGCUGAUGGGUUUCAGCUUACGUCUAGCUCUAGCGCUAGCGCUAAUCUCAGCGCUCGAAGCCGAUGCGGCCGCCAACAAGGCGAAGGCAAGCAACGGCGCUAAACUUUGCAAAGAAGAACCGGACAUCGUUGUCGAAAGGAACCUAGCGCUCACGGGCUACCACAGGGAGCUGCAGACUGUGAUCCACUCGCGAAACCGACUCAAAGUCAAGGGCCGGUCCCCAACGUUGCUGCUCGUGGAGGCCAUACCGCCGGGCGCCUACGUUGACGCUUACCAACUGCGCCUCUUGGGCGACAGCGAUGCCACGUUCGGACUGCGUGGCAAGGUGGACGUGGAAGAAAUGGCCCAUCAGGCGAGCGAACUCAGCGUCUUCACCUUCUUGCCAUUGAACGAGACCUCCGUGCUGGCGACCCUGCCCGUCCACAUGCGGUACCACAAGGCGCAAAGCUGUCUUGCAGAUGGGCCCUUCGCCAAAGUGGCGCUGCAUCCGCCAUCCAUCUACUUCAGGCACCCAGACUUGGACUUCCCAGACACGUGCGAGGAUCUACAUCUUCUACCCUGCGACGCAGCCAACAUAGAACGUUUAUGCCCCUGGAAGCAGCUGCAAGUUGCUAACGUGAAUGCCUUAACGGCGGAAGUGCCCGUUGGGUGCCUGGAGGACGGAUUUCUGGUCUCGACCACCACGCUAGUCACGUACAGCCUUUGUUCCAUCGCCAUAGCAUACUACGUGUUUAUGCACGGCAAAAAGCCACGUUCCGAUUAGCAGUGCCGUGUUUGCAACUGCUCCAAUGUGGUAUUGACCAGUUUCUUUCAUGAUCUGGUCCCAGCUACUGUCCUGAUUGGCUUACAGCUUUUUUUUUUUUUACUAAACUAAAACAUCGGCAAACAUCAGCAACAAAGUCCCCCCCCCCAUGGUCUCCAUGGCAACUGAAUGAUCCCGAAGCUCACAGUUGUGAAAGUAUCACUCCAGCGCAAACCAAGAAAGCCGCAUAGACACACAGCAUUUCGUUCAAAAAGGAAUUGCAGUGCGAACACAGCAACAGUAAGUCAUUCACUCCCCAUUCUUUGCUCGAUAUAAUUUAUUUUUUUUUGCCGUUUUUCAUACAAAUAACAUGUUUUACACAAUGUUACACAUCUUGCAAUGUAGCAGAGUCGCCAUUUUGUCAUGUUUAUUUUUUUAACCAUUUUCGCACAUUCGUAGUACACUUUUCAUGUGUGACGCAUCACGUAUGGAUCUCCCUCGUACCCCUCCCCUCCUCGCACAACCCCACAAUGCAAAUGCGGAAAUGGUUAAAAGACGGCCGGUCCAACCGAAAAAAAAAAAAAAAGGCAGCGUCAAUGUCGCUUCUCGAAGAGUGGCGACGAGUUGUCUUUGUCGCCGCUUCCGAAGACCAGGUCUAUAAACAAAAGCCGGUGACAGCGGGUCACACAGCGCACUGGGUGCAAAUGUCGGCGGACAGGCAAGCAGAGAUGGUGAGGGACAAUGGUAAUGGUUAUGUACAGGGCGCACGGGUGCAUUACCGCGAGAAAAACAAAAACCCACUGAAGGUUCCGGGCACGGACCUUCUUUUAGUUCGUCCACGUUCUUGGCAGACAAGCCCACAUCCAUUUAUUCCAUUCGCUGCUUUGGAAAUGGUAGCAGGUUUGCUGUUAACUUGCAUAGGCGCUUCGGCAGCGUCAGCAUAAACGCGAACAGGAAAUAAUAAAGAUAGCUACCAUGUAAUUAUGCAGCUGGCUGUGUGAAAAUUGGACUUGGCUUUAUCCCAAUGUAGGCAUACACUUUCAUAGUCUUAAAUACAAUGUCGACUGCCUUAGAAGACAACAGGUGCAGCGGAGGCAAAAAAUGCACUAUGCAAAUUUUAGACAUGUCGUCACGUUCGGGCAAACGCUGGCUUUCCACGUCUCUAACUUAUUACCAUAAUCACUAGCAACAGCGGGCAGACUAAUUGUGUUUUAUUUUUUGUAAAAGAACUUUUCUUCACCAGCCUCGUAAAUUUCAUCUGCGUUAUUAAAAUUUCGCGCAGCGGCAGAUAAGGAAGAAAUCGGAAACACGGUGCAAGACGUCACUGUAAUUGCUCAAGUCGGAAUUUGUCAGAAAAAAAAAAAUCAAAUGUGGAAAUUUUGAACAGUGAAAUGGCAGUUUCUAAGUAUUCUGGUGAUGCGAAUGGUUUCCAAAGAAGCUUGAACGUCUUGUUUUUGAAGCAGCAAAGCAAUCAACGAAAUGAAGUUUUGGGGCUGUUUUUGUUUUUCAUUCACGUAUUUCAUACAUUUAGGUGGAUGGCACAAGCAAUAGCAGAAAAAAAAAAAUUCAAGUGAGCGCCAUGCAAACAGGUAAACACAAGCUACAGUGCAGUAUUUGUACUGGACAAACGUCUUUUGAAACGACAUCGCCCGAAGGCAAGAACAGAGGAUUCUGCCAUUCCGCCAAAGACCAUUAUAACAAUUUGAAGGGUCGCAACCUCUGUUUCUCAAUUUUUUGAAGAAAUAAAGCCCAAGGUUGUUUUGGC